UUGGCUGCGCUUCUAUGAGCGGCAACCAGCUGCAGUGCAUGUGUAAUCUAUGCGUUUCGUUGAUUGAUCCAUGUGUGGGAUGCUUCAUACUGUGUAGAGACAAUGAGCUGAUUUCGUCUAGAGAGGGAAAACGCUAAAAGGUUGAGAAAUUAAUUGAUUUAUGAGCAGAAAAAGGUCGGUACUAACCUCUCUUUCUUGUCCCGUGGAGGAUUUCGUACCAAUCCCGCGCUAAAGGCGCGAAAUUAUUCCGGUCACGUCGCGCGCUGAAAGCGGGCUGUCCUGGAGCUUUGGUGCUCUGUGCACGCGAGAGAUAGCGCAGCGCGCGGACACCUGCAGUAGAAUGUAGCGGGAAUUCCCCUCCUAAACCGGCGAAAGGAGAAUCUUCGUGAACUGCACACCACUCAAUCACCCUCACCGGGGUCCCGUCACAGCCAAGAGAAAGGAAGAGGGCGGGAAAUGGGCUGGCGUGGCCAUUGCUAUGCGUGAGCGAGUGCCGUGGUGUCCAUGGAGACCAAGGGCUACAGCAACCUUCUGGAGACUAGCGAUGGGCAGGGGACGGGGCUUCUGGAGGGUGGAGACUCGCCGGGGGAUGAGGAGGGUUGGAGCCCCCCCUUACCCCUGGGCUUUCAGGUGUCCCUCACCAGUGUGCUGAUGCUGGAGUUGGUGCUGGGAUUCAGCAGCAACCUGACCGUGCUGGUGCUCUACUGCGCCCAGUCCAACCUGGUCGACUCGGUCAGCAACAUGGUCACGGUCAGCCUGCACGUGCUGGACAUCCUGGUGUGUUUGCUGUGUCUGCCGCUGACUGUGGCAGUCAUCCUGCUCCCAGCAGACGGUAGUGGCGGGGGCAGCCUGGCUACACUGUGCUGCUUCCAUGAGGCCUGCGUCACCUUCACCAGUGUCGCCACGGCCAUUAAUGUGCUGGUCAUCAGCCUGGACCGCUACGACAUCUCCGUCCGGCCAGCCACACGGCUGUUGACCCCGCGGCGAGCUGCACUCCUCCUGGCCGCUGUCUGGGCCAUGUCAUUGGCCGUCUUCUUCCUGCCCUUCCUGGAGGGGGAUUUCUUCUUCUCAGGGGUGGAGGUGGAAGACAGCGAGGGAGGAAGAGGAGGGGGGGAGAUGGACAUGGGGGAUCUAAUCUCUGGCCCAGAAUCUGACCCUGAGACCCCUACUGGGCUGAGCCCCACUCGGCUAAACCAUACUGGGCUGACCCUCACCCCCUCCUCCCCCUCUACUCCCUACUAUACUCACCACCUGCCGCCAGUGUGGCAGAACCGGACACUGCUGUGUGUAGGGGGGCAGGGCUACCACACGGGGCUGGCCAUGUACUACCACCUUCUGCUGCAAGUGCCCUGCUUCUUCAUCGCGGUCAUUGUCAUGCUGUUCACAUACUACCGCAUCCUGCAGGCCCUCAACAUCCGCAUCGGCACCCACAUCAAGAGGGGCCCACGGGCCUCCAAUAAGGACUCAGGCUGUAGGAUCCGCAGGCGGAGACGAAGGAGGAAGGGGCUGAGUCUGGCCACAGAGGGGGGAGGUUCCUCCAGCCAGAACCAGCACCUCACCCACCCGCCCCUCAUUCCAUCUCCCACCCCCACCCCGACCUCCCCCCCACCCUUCUCCUCUAUGCCCCUGGUCAUCUCUGACAGUGGGGCCAUGGGGGUCACCAACACCGCCGCCACCACCCCCAUUGCCACCACACCAGCGACCCCUGCCCCCCAGGCCCCAACCUCCGCUGACGCCACCUCCCCCCCUCCGGUGGCAGCAGACCGCCCAGGUGUCCAGGCCUCUGUGUCAGCCAUCAUCGCCUUGAGGCGGGCCGUGAGGCGUCACCGAGACCGGCGGGAACGCCAGAGGAGAGUCUUCAAGAUGUCCCUUAUCAUAAUCUCCACCUUCCUGGGCUGCUGGGCUCCUCUGUCCAUGGUCAACGUGUUGAUCCUGUGCAUGGGCCCCAGUGACAGCCUGGUACGUGUGAGGCUCUGCUUCCUGGCCAUGGCAUAUGGCACCACUAUCUUCCACCCACUGCUCUAUGCCUUCACCAGACAGAAGCUGCGUAAAGCGCUGAAGACCCGUGUCAAGAAGAGGGUGGUGUCCCUGCUGCAGGUGGACCCAGCACCCAGCGGGGGAACUGUUAUUCACAACUCCUGGGUGGAGGGGGGAGGACAGAGGAAGGGACGCAAGCCUCGACUGGAGGGCAGUGAUGCCACCAGUAACUGUCUGACAGUGGCUGUGAGAGAAUGAUAGGGUGUGUGUCUAUGUGUAUGUGUGUGUGUUUGUCUGUGUUUGUGUGUGUGUCUGUUUGUGUGUGUGUCUGUGUGUGUGUAUGCGUACAUGUGAUAGUUGACAAAGGUCAGGAGACAUCAUUUGCUCCUCCCUCCAUCCAGGUGUGAUGAUGGCAGGUGAGCCCAGAGUUCUAAUUAAUGUCAGAACUGCUCUGUGAUAUACACAGCUCCUCAUUAGUCCCCCAGGCAAGAUGCCUGCUCCGUCUCCAUGGCAACACCAAGCUACCAAGCAAUAUGUGACAUCACCUGCUCCGCCACAACCUUAGUUACUUUAGAUACAUUCCAGUACAGGUAAACAGCAACAAUCCACACAUGCAGGCACAUUGAUCAACCUGUAGUCGUUCAUGGAGCAAGUAAGCACACAAUAUCUGCCUGCACACAGAACUCAGUGAGAGUCAAUAUCUAGUGACAUUUUAUAAUUUGAUUAGUCAUGCCUUAAUUCAGUUCCUAAUUGAUUCCCAUGGUUCUGAAUGUUUUACUGUAUGUGUAUUGUGUUUACAAGAAUGGUGUGUGUGUGUGUGUGUGUGUGUGUGUGUGUGUGUGUGUGUGUGUGUGUGUGUGUGUGUGUGUGUGUGUGUGUGUGUGUGUGUGUGUG